CCGCGGUCACAUUCACCUUACGAUGGUUAAGUUUCUUACCGGGUUCAGAUAUAGCUCCCGCCAGUUUCUGCAAUUCUUUACUUCUAUUCGAAUAUUUCAAAGCGAGCUCUCUCGCUCAAUUCUUGUUCUCUCAACUUUCUAGUUCUCUCUCGCUGCAUAGUUCUUAGUUUCUCUCGAUACUUGAAAUCAUGGUGGUUGCACAGAAAGUGAAGGAAGCGGAGAUCACUGAGCAGGACUCGCUUCUCUUGACAAGGAACCUGCUCCGCAUUGCCAUAUUCAAUAUUACUUACAUCAGAGGCCUGUUUCCAGAGAAGUAUUUCAAUGAUAAACAUGUUCCUGCUCUUGAGAUGAAGAUCAAGAAGCUCAUGCCUAUGGAUGCAGAAUCUCGCAGACUCAUUGAUUGGAUGGAGAAAGGUGUAUACGAUGCUUUACAGAAGAAAUACUUGAGAACACUUUUGUUCUGCGUUUGUGAGGCAAUAGAGGGCCCAACUAUUGAGGAAUAUGCAUUUUCUUUCAGGUAUUCAAAUUCAGAUAGCCAAGAGGUUUCAAUGAAUGUCAAUCGCACUGGAAACAAGAAACAGGGAGGAACAUUCAAGUGUAACUCCAUUACAGAAAUCACUCCCAGUCAGAUGAGGAGUUCUGCCUGUAAAAUGGUGCGUACACUAAUUCAGUUAAUGAGAACUCUGGAUAAAAUGCCUGAGGAGCGGACCAUAUUGAUGAAACUUCUCUACUAUGAUGACAUGACGCCUGCAGAUUAUGAGCCUCCAUUUUUCAGAGGCUGCACAGAAAAAGAAGCUCAGAAUCCGUGGACUAAAAGUCCUUUAGAAAUGGAAGUCGGGAAUGUCAACAGCAAACAUUUUGUAUUAGCUCUGAAGGUAAAGAGUGUGCUUGAUCCUUGUGAGGAUGAAAAUGAAAAUAUUCAAGAUGAUGAAGUAAGCUUGGGAGCUGAUUCUCUACAACUGGAUGAGUCCAUUGAUUCUGACACGGAGGUUAACCAAUCACAAGAAAAUCAAUAUAUUAUUGCACCAAUAGAUAAACAACGAAUGGAGGAAGAUAAAGGGAUGGGUGACGAAGACAAUACACAGGAUCCAGAGGAAGACGAACAACAAUUGGCCAGAGUGAAAGACUGGAUCAGCUGUCUCCAUCUUGAUACUGUUGAACUUACUGACAUUCUUUCAAACUUCCCAGAUAUCUCAGUGAUUUUGAUAGAAGAAAUAGUUGAGAAGCUUGUAAAGGAAGAUGCUUUAGCGAAAGUUGGAAAUGACACUUACACCAUAACCAAGCAAAAGAAAUCCUGCUAUGAAUUCACUGACGUGAAAGAAGAAAUGGAUGGCUCAGCAGCUGACAGAAUGUAUAUGAGGGCUUUAUAUCACGCUCUUCCAAUGAAAUAUGUGUCUGUGGCAAAGCUUCAGAAUAAGUUAGGUGGAGAAACCAAUCAGACAACAGUGCGCAAACUGAUUGAUAAAAUGACACAAGAUGGAUAUGUUGAACCCAAGGUCAACCGAAGGCUAGGCAAGCGUGUGAUUCAUUCCACUCAAACUGAGAAAAAGCUGAAUGAAGUCAAGAAAGCCUUGGACAACAACCGUAUGGACGUGGAUACCAAUGAACCCAGUAACAAGUCCAAUAAUCCUGAAUUCUACACUAAGGGUGAGAACCAAAGGGAUACCUCCACAUACGGUGUCCUGCACUCCAUUGGCUCUGAUCUCACUCGAAUGAAAGUCAGGUCUGACAUAAACCAAAACGGUUCAAUCAGGAGUGAGCAGACUAUUUCAAAGACAAGGGAGCUCGGCAACACUCCAACUAGCAGAGCAGAGCCUGUAGCUUCAAGAGAAAGUUUCAUACCUGGAAAUGAGAACAGCAGAGCUAAUGGAAACACAAGGUUCUGCGAUGAGACAGACACAGUAACCUGUAGCAGGACAUCACAAGACAAGCGAUCCAGGAAGACAAGCACGGUUAAGGAACCUAUCCUUCAGUUCUUGAAGCGACAGAAAUCCCAAGCUAUUUGAGAGGCUUCAAUCAUGUUAUCCAGGUGUCUGCCCUUAACCAGUUUAUUUGACAUUUUCCUUGGAUCGUAACACAGUAAUUUUCCUCUUUAGUUAUAGUACAUUAGCAUAAACUUCAAUUACUUGCUAAUUACACUUUAAGGCACCUGGUCCAUGAGGAUGAAAGUUAUUACAGUAAUUUCAUUGUUUCUGUCAUCAUGGCCUGUUAGUGUUUUCUGUGAUUUUGUUAUUCUAAAAGAACAAGAAGUUGAUUGA